CCUUCACCGUCUUCUUCAACUGUUGAAAGGUUCUUAAGAACAAGGAUGAGAACAUCAACGAUGGAAUCUUUGUCGCUGACCUCUCUCGAUAACAUUUUCGCCAAGUGUCGACAUAGUAAUUUCAAGAUUAUACCCCAAAGUAUAUCGACUUCAGCCAAACAAUCAGUCGCGUGCUUAAUAUCGAUGACCAGAGACGAGAGAUUACACGCUUCCAUAUACUGCAAAAUAACGAACUCUAGCAUCGUCUGAAUUUGUUCAUGGCUACAGUAAGUAUAAUAUGACGGAAGGAACGAUAAAAUGAGAUCCACUGCCUGUGAACGUAGACACAACUCCCUUAUAUCGUUCGAGGGGAGAUUCAUCAGUGCGGACAAUUCGAUCUUUGCAUUGGGGCGGGUACUACUCUGAGGAUUUAGUAAUAUCAUAAGCACAGCCGUAUAUGGGCACUUCAACAUUUCCGCUGAGAAAGUUUUUUCAAGCUGCAUUUCAGAUUGAUUUCCAUCACGGUACCACUUAGCCACCAAUAAUAACUCCACCAACGCCUUCGCCAGCCUGCAGGCUUCCACGUGCUUACUAUUUUUCCACAAAAACGUUAUAAUACUUGGUAAAUCGCUACAUAUUUCGGAACUAAGUUUGUCAUAUCGUAGCACAUGCACGGAACCAACGAGUUUCUCCAUGAGAAAAGUGAAGUUACUUACACACUCAGUACCAGUGCUAUUGAGAAUCACAUCCCGCAGUUCACGAAAGCGUUCAAUGGCCGUAGUAGCCCCCAAAGAUGAGAAGUGUUGACAAACGGCAUGAAGCACAGGUGAAGUGGAAGAAAAUUGGAAUACCUUGCAAGAUUUCAAGAUGACUAUCAAAGCAUCGAUAAUUUCCUUCCCAAAACCAGUGAAAUUUUUGAGGAGCGCCUCGGAAGAGGCAUCGUUACCUGAAAUAGGUAAUAUCUGUUAG